CUCCCUAGUACAGUGCACGUGUGGUUGUUGUAAACUUCUCCAUGGCGGGCUCCUUUUCUCAGGAGCUUGAGGACUUGUUGAACCCUCUUCCUAAAUUCGCAGACCCGGAGGAUGACGGGGACGAGGUGACCAACGCGAAAGUUACGGAGAGAUUCAGCGAGGAUGAAGACGAAGAUGGAGGCGGCCUCAGUGCCCUGCGGAAGAGCAACACAACCCUGCUGUCAGACACCGACAGACGGUACGUGGGGAAGACAGUGUCCCGUAAACAGCUUCUGAUAGAAACUGGGGGAUCUGGUGAGGAGGGCAGUAUAGAAGGGCUAGAAGAAGAUGAUCCUUUGGGUUAUGAAGAGGAGGAGGAAGAUGAUUUAGACGAAGAUGACGAUGAAGAGGAGGAGGUGGGCAGUGAUGCUAAACUGGCGUCUAAGAAAAAGGGGAUGACCCUUCCUCAAGGAGUGGACUUCAACAAGCUGACAGAGGGCAUGGAUGACCUGGGAGUGAGUGAAGAUGAUGACGAAGAGUCAGAAGGCAGCGAUGAAGACGACAACGACUCUGAGAUGGAUGGCGAAGAAGGUGAGGACGAUGGAACGGUCCGCACGUUUUCCCAAGACAAAGUGGACGAGGAGGUGGAGAAAGGCAAGGCUGUGAAGGAGCAGCUGGCCCUGUGGGACCAACUGCUGGAGGGCAGGAUCAAAAUGCAGAAAGCUGUGAUCACCGCCAACCAGCUCCCGCAGCCGCAGACCUUCCCAGAGUUCAAGAAGACGGGUGGGGCGGAGCUGGCGGGGGAGCUGAAGAACUCCCACAAGGCUCUGAAAGCCCUCCAGAGAUCCCUGUUGGAGCUCCACGACCAGCUGCUGUGGCAGAGCGCCGACACCAGGAGCGUCACUGUGGGGCCAGCCGACGAAGACGAGGAGAUACACAGCGAUGAGGAGGAAGAGGUAAGAGGUGUAGCGCCCAAACGGAAGCUGGAGAUGGCGGAGUACCCGGACUUCAUGGCUAAACGCUUCGCCGCUUUCCAGCCUUACUGCAACGCCACGCUGCAGAAGUGGCACGACAAGACCAGGCUGACUCUCGGGAAAAGCAGCAAGGGCUUUGGGGCGUUCGACAGGAACAUCCUGACCCAGGUGGAGCAGGUGCUGAUGGACAACGAGAGGCUGGUGCGGCGGACACAGACCCGGCGCUCAGAGUACAAAGUGCUGGGGAAAAAAGAGGUGUCUAACGUCAUCUCUGAGCCCGUCUGCAUGGAGGGAGAGGAGGUGGAACAGGAGCUGAAGGCCAACACGCAUCUCAAGGAUCUGGACGAGGACAUAUUCGACGAUGAUGAUUUCUACCACCAGCUGCUGAGAGAGCUGAUCGAGCGCAGGACAAGCGCAUCGGACCCCAACGACCAGGUGGCCAUGGGCCGGCAGUGGCUGGCCAUCCAGAAGCUGCGCAGCAAGAUCAAGAAGAAGGUGGACACCAAAGCCAGCAAGGGCCGCAAAGUCCGGUUCCACAUCCACAGCAAGCUGAUGAACUUCAUGGCUCCUGUAGACCACAGCUCCGUGAGCGACGAGGCCCGCAGCGAGCUGUACCGGGGUCUGUUUGGGCAGAACUCAGCUGUCAGGGAAUAGUGCAGGAAGUGAUCAUGGGAACAGUAACAAAGUGCCUUUUCCACAGCCUGGCCUGAUGCUGAGCAGCUGUUUGUGUUGGAACAGAGACUGGGCAGGCUGUUGUCAAAAGAAACCUGAGAAAUGUGUGUCAUGUUGUAUCACUUUUAUACUGAGUAAUGUUUUCAGUAUGUGUUUUUGCCGAAUGAUACAUUUCUGAUUAAAAUGUCAUACACAAGUGUUUUCA